GGCCUGGUGCGGGUUUGAAAUGGAGGCGCCUGUUGCUGGAAGAUGGCGGCGCGGCCACAACAGCAUCGCUCGUGCGGUGCAGCGCUGCCUGGGGGUGACUUUAAUGAUGGCGCUAGGAGGCCGAUUGACGAACCUUCUUUGACAACCUCCAUGGAGUGGGACACGCAGGUAGUGAAAGGAUCCUCGCUUCUAGGCUCCGCAAAGCUAGAGGCGGAGGAGCCUGCUGCUGGCCCGCAGCUGCCGCGGUGGCUGGAGCCCGAGAGGUGCACAGUGUUCCAUUGCGCCCAGUGCCACGCCGUGCUUGCCGACUCAGUGCACUUCGCCUGGGACCUGUCGCUGUCCCUUGGAGCCGUGGUCUUCUCCAGAGUCACAAAUAACGUCCGUUUGGAAACGCGCUUCCUAGUUGGCAUUGAAGAUUCGCUCAAAGGGAGCACUUAUAACCUUCUAUUCUGUGGUCCUUGUGGGAUUCCCAUUGGUUUCCAUCUAUAUUCUACCCAUGCUGCCAUGGCUGCCUUGAGAGGUCACUUCUGCCUUUCCAGUGACAAAAUUAUGUGCUAUCAUUUAAAAACAAAAGCCAUAGUAAAUGCAUCUGAGAUGGAUAUUCACAAUAUACCUCUACGAGAAAAUAUUGCAAAGCUAAAAGAGAAGAUAAUGUUAACGCAUACUCGCUUAAGUUCACUAAUGAAGAUUCUGAAGGAAGUGACUCUUGACCAGCCCAAGCCAGAAAACUGAUCCAGAACCAAGGCUCAAGCAUCAGGUUUCAGGCUUUAUUGUCUUCAACAAUUUGGUCUUUUCUUGAAAAAGACUGGCUUCAAGAAUGGGGGAAAAUGCAGUUUAUUAUGUUUGCCGCUAGACUGAUUUUCCAAAUGAUUUGUGAAGCUGUUUUUAGAUUAGAAAUUAAAGAGUCUUCUAUCCAGGUUUAAUAGCUAUUUGCUUUAAGAACUUAUU